AGCUUGUAUAUAUGCAGCAGUGAGGCCGCCGGCCAGGCAAGGCAGUCGUCAGCUCGUCACGCCGCACCGGGCGCCACCAGCAACGCCGAGCAGCAGGCCUCCCGUCUCCCGCCGUUGUCCGGCCCGGCGGCGGCAUCCCCACCCCGCAGGGUAGAGCAGAGCAGAGCGGAGUGGCCUGACAUGAAGAUGCCGGAGUCGAAGAGGAGCGAGGGGUUCUGCGGCGAGGCGGUGAUCACCGAGUUCGAGGCCCUGACGCGGGACGCCGCCGCGGUGCAGCGGGAGACGCUGCGCCGGAUCCUCGCCGACAACGCCGGAACCGAGUACCUCCGGGACCGGGGCCUCGCCGGCCGCACCGACGCCGCCAGCUUCCGGGCCUGCGUGCCCCUCGCCACGCACGCCGACGUCGAGCCCUACAUUGCGCGCAUCGCCGACGGCGACACCUCGCCGGUCCUCACCGCCAGGCCCAUCACCUCCAUCUCCCUCAGCUCCGGCACCACGCAGGGGAAGCGCAAGUACCUGCCCUUCAACCAGGAGCUCGUCAAGUCCACCAUGCAGAUAUACCGGACCUCCUACGCCUUCAGGAACAGAGCGUUCCCCGUCGAGGACGGCAAGGCGCUGCAGUUCAUCUACGGCAGCCGGCAGUUCACGACCAAGGGCGGGCUGACGGCGACGACGGCCACCACCAACGUGUACCGGAGCGAGGAGUUCAUCCCCACCAUGCGCGCCAUCCAGUCGCAGGCGUGCAGCCCGGACGCGGUGAUCUUCGGCCCGGACUUCGCGCAGUCGCUCUACUGCCACCUCCUCUGCGGGCUCCUCUUCGCCGACGAGGUCCGCAUCGUCUCCGCCACCUUCGCGCACAGCGUCGUGCUCGCCUUCCAGACCUUCGAGCGCGUCUGGGAGGAGCUCUGCGCCGACAUCCGCGCCGGCGCGCUGUCGGCAACGCGGGUCACGAGCCCCGCCGUCCGGAGGGCCGUCUCCGCGCUCCUCCCCGCGCCCAACCCGGCGCUCGCCGACGAGGUGGCGCGCCGGUGCGCCGCGCUCAGCAACUGGUACGGGGUGAUCCCGGCGCUGUUCCCCAACGCCAGGUACGUGCACGGCAUCAUGACGGGGUCCAUGGAGCACUACGUCAAGAAGCUUCGCCACUACGCCGGCGGGCUGCCCCUCGUCGCCGCCGAGUACGGCGCGUCCGAGGGCUGGGUCGGCGCCAACGUCGAGCCGGAGACGCCGCCGGAGUCCGCGACGUUCACCGUGCUCCCCAACAUCGGCUACUUCGAGUUCAUCCCGCUCAAGGCCGGCGACGGCGGCGCCGCCGCCUCAGACACCUGCUUCGCCGAGGCGGAGCCCGUUGGCCUGACGGAGGUCACCGUCGGCGAGCACUACGAGGUCGUCAUGACCACAUUCGCAGGGCUGUACCGGUACCGACUGGGGGACGUGGUGAAGGUGGCCGGGUUCUACAACUCGACGCCCAAGCUCAAGUUCGUGUGCCGGCGGAACCUGAUGCUGUCCAUCAACAUCGACAAGAACAGCGAGCACGACCUGCAGCUCGCCGUCGACAGCGCGGCGAAGAUCCUGGCGGCGGAGAAGCUGGAGGUGGUCGACUACAGCAGCCACGCCGACGUGUCGCGGGACCCGGGCCACUACGUCGUGUUCUGGGAGCUGAACGCGGAGGCCAACGGCGACGUGCUGCAGAGCUGCUGCGACGAGCUGGACCGGGCCUUCACGGACCCCGGCUACGUCGGGUCCAGGAAGGCCGCCGCCAUCGGGCCCCUGGAGCUCCGGGUGCUGCAGCGGGGAACGUUCCAGAAGGUGCUCCGCCACUACCUCUCCCUCGGCGCCCCCGUCAGCCAGUUCAAGUCGCCGCGGUGCGUCGGCAGGUCCAACAACUCCGGCGUGCUCCAGAUCCUCUCCGGCGGCGUCGUCAAGGUCUUCUUCAGCGCCGCCUACGACUGACGCUGACCACCGGGCGCCGCCGGGGCCGGGAGGAGGAGAUCAACGACGCAUGCGGCAAGCCGGUGGCACCACACUCGGCGAGCCUGGUGGCGCAUGUGGCCGAGUAGCCGACGGCGAUGCAGUGACUGUGAUUAGCUUGUAGUUGCAGUUCAUCAUCAGCAGGAUAUGCAGGCAGUGAUGACCUAUCCGUUGCCAAGUGGGCCGCCGCCGGCCAAGUGUAGUGUUCUGUAACUACCGGUUCUGCAUGACGAAUCUAUCGCAUGUGGCCUGCUUGCAAGUAGCAUUGGAUCGAAUGAAAUAAACAUGUUAAUCUUUCUUCCUGAGCUCUA